AUGUUAAAGAGCAUCAAGAAUUGCAAGGAGGUCAGAUAUCAUAUCCAAAAAGGUGGUUUUCUCGGGUUGGAGUGGCGGAUCGGACAAGCCGUAGCCUCUGUAAUCGGGAGCGAUUGCUCUGAAACCAGCUUUAGCAACUGCAAUCAUCAGGUGGCGCCAAGCCGCCAAGAGUACCAUAUUUCUGGAAAUCCGGGCAGAAACACAACUACCGGCGAUGAUUCACUUCCGAUUUCGGCAAUAUCAUGGCUUGCGACAAGUAGUGUUUCAUUACCGAGCUUGGAAGGGACGGAGGAGGACCGUAAGGAUGUAAUUCCUUUAUUGUGCUCUAUCUUUUUGGCUAAUCAAGGGGCUGGCGAGGCCACUGGAGAAGGAAAAUGUUUGUCCUGGGACGAUGACGAUUCCUUAUUAGAAGCUUAUGCAGCUCUUCUUCUUGCAUUCCUCUCUACAGAGAGGUUAGUACACCAUCGUCGGCUUAUCCUUUCCCAAACAUAA